AUGAUGGCAGCCCCCCAUGCCAAUGUAGCAUCAGUUCAUUUUCUCAAUGAAACCUGCAAAAAAAAGUUUAAGUCCUAUAAAAAUAGUGUAAUCUUAGAUAUUGGGGAUGGCAAAAAAAUAUCUGGCAUAUCAACCAUUGGAAAAUACCUUCUAAGAACACAAGAUGAAUUUAAAGAUUUUCUCCUUGAAGAUCGAAUGGCAGUUGAACAGUGGCUAGAGUACAGGCACUUAAUUGAAAAUGCUGCUCAAGAUUCAGAGUUGCAAAAAGUUGUUUUGAAAGAGCUGAAUCAAUAUCUAAAAGACAAAGUAUAUUUUGUAGCACAACAACUGACAUUAGAAGACAUUCUUGUGUAUCAUAGCAUCUAUGAUAUUUUUAAAACAUUGACUUUUCUUGAUAAAGAAAAAUACAUAAACUUAUCAAGAUGGUUUAGUUUAGCAAUGUCCAGCAAGACAAAAAAAUAAGACAGUCAUUGAUUCCUCUUGUUUUUCUAAGGACUCCCAUCUACGAUGGUAAUGGUGGUCAUUGAUAUCUUUAAGUUUUUUUAAAUUUGGAUGGUGGCAUACAAAUAAAACAAUAAUAAUGCUUAAAUUUUUUUUAACUUGUAGUUUUACUUUCUGAUUAUUUAACUUGUUCAAAUAAAAUUAUAAUAGCUUUGAAUUUGAAAGAAAAUCUAUUCCAAAUCAUUCUUGGUGAACAUUCUGCUUGAUUAAAAAGUAAAAACAGUAAAUAAACUACUGUUUCAUUCUUUUGUUAAUUUAAAGUAAUAGUGCAAAAAAUGUUGGAGCCACCACGAUUUUUUUUUAAGUCACAUGUUGUGUAAUAACAGAAUAAAUGUAUUAGCUAUUAUUAGUAGUGCAUCUUAAUAAAAUUGUAUAGUUUAAAAAUAUAUUUAAAUGUUUAAUUUACUGAUGCACUACAGUACAAAAUAUUUUUUUUUAAAGUAAUUGUUGGGCAAGAUUAAAAUAUAUUUUAACAAAAAUGAAAUUAUUUAAUUUAACAUUAUUAAUGUUGCUUUUUUUUUAAAAUCUAGAAAAGCUUGACUAUCAACAAAUAGAUGUGUAACUUUGUUACGUCUAGUGAUUAAAAAAAAUUAUUACUAGAACUAAAAUUAUUUUUUGUUCAUUUUUUACUAACAGCACAUUAAAUCAUGAUCAGUUUAUUUAUGAUGCAAAAUCAAACUACAGUAGCUAGCUAAGAAGUGUAAUUUAAAAUAUGCAAAUGUCUGAAAGUUCAAAUUUUUGUAUUGCUGCACUUAAACGUAUUCAAUUAUGAC